AUGAGGAGUAUGUUGUUUGUGGUAACGUUAUUUGAUUACGAGGAUGCUUGCUGGAAAAAGGUUUUGCGGAGAAAGAGUAGUGGACUCCGAGGAAGCAACAGGUUUCAGGAGAUAGUGGGAGAGCAAGUGAAACUACUCGCAAAGGCGAGCAAACAUGAGUUUUUGCCAUUCUUUCAUUGGUUUUGGUCGGAAGGAAUUGAAAAGAUGUGCCAAAAUAAGGGAAGCUUCGUGCAAGAAUGGAUCAAAGGAUUUCGAGAGAUGAGGUCUAAUACUAUGGCUAAUAAAGAAAAAAAAGAUACCAUGAUUGAGAUCUUGUUAUCACUACAAGAAACAGAUCCUGAGUACUAUACAGAUGAAAUGAUCAGGAGCCUUAUGAUGAAAACAUUUGACCAACUUGAAUAUGCUACUUGGCAAACACUCUUAACUGCUGCAAGUAACACUUCAGUGGAUACAAUGGAGUGGACAAUGGCUCAUCUGCUAAACAACCCAGAAAUCCUAAAGAAAGCAAGGGUUAAAAUUGAAAACGUUGUUGGACAACAACGUCUGAUCGACGAAUCAGAUGUAUAUCAGCUACAUUUCCUCAAAUUAAUCAUCAAAGGAUACUCUAAGGAUGCACUCAGUAGUCCCAUUGUUCCUGCUCCAUGA